CAUACGGCUCCUUUUGCUGCACACCGACGAAACGCAUUUUUGAUUUUUCCUUUUUCCCCUGAAAUCAUUCUUUCAUCAUCAUCUCUCCCUUUCAAUUCAUUUCAUUUUAUAGAGUUUCAAUAUAUAUCUAUCUAUCUUGAAAUGCAUUCAUGGAAAGACAGAGUUACAGACAAGCUUACAAAUCUUUUCUCUGAUUCCCCUUCUUCCCCUGCCUCCUCUCCUCAUAAGGCCAGGUCACACACGAAGGAUGGUGGUUAUUUCUCUUCAGUACUUACUUUUAUGCGAUCCUCAAAUGAGUCUGGCUCAGACAAGCAUGAUAACCAUCUUAAGCCAAUUCAAUCACUUCCAACAAGAUGGAAAAGUAAAGAUUAUUCAUGGCAACAGAUACCCUUGGAUACCUAUGAUGAGGGCGAUAAUGAGUUUGAUCCUUGCAAACAAAAUGGAAGUCAAAGUUCUUCAAAGAGCAUGAUUUGUGAUAACGGGGAAGUUUCGAAUACUAGAGAAGAGAAUGGAGACCAGGGUUCUGUAGAGAGCAGUGGCAGCUCUGAAAUGUUUGUAGAUGCUGCAGAACCAAAUACUCCAAUGAGAGCUGUAAUUGAUUUCAAUCUUGAUUCCUUUUUCAUUUCUCCUGAACUAUACCAGUUUCUUCAGUCUUCAAUACCGAAUAUUGUGAAAGGUUGUCGAUGGGUUUUGUUGUAUAGUACUUUGAAACAUGGCAUAUCACUUCGCACACUUAUUCGGAAGAGCGCUGAUCUUUCUGGUCCUUGUUUACUGAUAACUGGAGACACUCGAGGUGCUGUAUUUGGUGGGCUGCUAAAUUGCCCGCUAAUACCUACUCCCAAGAGGAAAUAUCAAGGGACAUAUGAAACCUUCGUUUUCACAACGUUAUAUGGUUCACCCAGGCUGUUUAGACCAACCGGUGCGAACAGGUACUUUUACAUGUGUCUAAAUGACAUGCUAGCACUAGGAGGCGGUGGAAAUUUUGCCUUAUGCUUGAAUGAAGAUUUGUUAACUGGAACAAGUGGACACUGUGAUACAUUUGGAAACCAAUGUUUGGCUCAUGAUGAAUCAUUUACGAUAAAGAACGUUGAGUUGUGGAGUUUUGCACAUUCUUCUCGGUAUCCCUAAAUUUAUAAGCAAGCCAUGGUGGAAGAGAAAUAUGGUUCAUUGGCCUUUUGUGGUUUGUGACUUUGAGAGACGAAGCUGCUCAAGAGAAAAUAUAUUUUAGGUUGUGAAAUUUGUGUAGUAGAGUGCUCAUCGGCCCAUUUUAAUUUAAUUGUAUUUUAUACAUGGCACCAUCCUUGUAUUAUAGGCAGGAUGUAUACUAAUCCACAAUUGUGUUUUGCUUUCUCCUCGUCUAUAGCUGUUAUAUGAUCGUACUUUUAUUAAGGAUGCAGGUUUUAGCUAUUUUUGGUUUUGGGAA